GGGGGGGGGGGUGGAGGGGGGAGGGGCAAGCCAGGGAACAAAGUGUUAUGGGUAUCAUGAGUGACACAAAUGCCAGCACAGGACCUGGGUGGAUUGAGUGGAGAGUAAGAGUGGAAAAUUGUUACAUUUCAUUGAAAAUGGUUACAUGAGGGAUUUGGGACAUGUAACAUAAGAUUCUAUCAUAAAAGAAGGAUGCUGAAUUUUUAUAGGUGUAACUGAUUUGAAUUACGACCUGACUGAUUCCUGAAACCACAGGUGUUUACUGGGCAAAUGAUUACAUCACUGAAGCAGAAAAGGUGAAGCCACACCCUUUGUCCCUUUAGACCUCCGAGUAACACCCAGCUUAGGAUAUUAAAUGGUUAGAAAGCACGUGAGUCAGAGGAACUUGGACUUGAAUUGCCAAUAAGGAACCUCAAAGAAAUUAAAAGGUCAGUGCUAGUGGAUAUGAUUUAACUGUACCAGUUAUAAGAAGUUAAAUUAUAAAUUAAGUUAUGAAAAUAUCUUAGCCACUGAAAUAAAAGUACAAAGGAGUGUUUAUGUCUGCAAUUGUCUUAAUACUAACACAAGUGUUCUCUAAAUAUCUAGUUAAUUGUUAAAAUAUCAACCAGGAGACAGAAGCAAAAACAUGGACUUUCUGUGGGUCCCUGAGGACCGGAUUGGGAAACGCUGCCUUUUAUGACUUUCAGUUCCAGUCAUAGUUUUAACGUGGACGAACGAGGGCCCAAGGCAUGCAGCUGCCAGCCUGUGUCCACCCCAUUCUUCUGGCUCUUAGUAGGUGUUGCACUCAGAACCUGCAGUUUUGUACACACUUAUUGUUUAAGCUAAUUUUCACACAUAAUUAGAAUGAGGUACCGACGUCACCUUGGCUGGAUAUCUGUGCCCUUCAGUGGAAGGAAGGACCUGGGAUGUAGAUCUGCAUGAAUAAACAAAUGCUGUACAUCCAAAAUGUGUUGACAUUACUUGGAGAAGUAAGUGCUUAAAUGUGAGUAUCACUUCACAGUAAGUGUUUAAAUCUAAUGCAAAGUGUCGUAAAUUUGAAUUAAUUACUUAUGAACAUGGCCAUAAAUACUUAAAAUGAUUAAAAUCCCCUAAUUCCUUUGUCUUUCACUUCUUCUGCUAAUCUUGUGCCUGUUGAAUCUGCUGGAUUUUAAAACGUUGUAGAAAGUAUUUUAAAAUGUUUUCAUACAGAAUGUCUCUUUCAGAGACACAGCCUGGAAUAUUAUAAUAGGAUAACCGUUUUAGGCAUGGUGUGUCUUCCUGUUAAUAAAUACCAGUGACACACGAGCUACUAUUUGCUUUAGUUUGUUAAUGCGAGUGCUGUAGGUGUGUUUAAAGCAGUGGGAUGUGAAAUACCGGCAGUCUAAUUGAGACUGACACUGGAGGAAGGGCGACUUAUAAACCGGACUCAGGUUUUCAGAUACGCACCAACCGCCCACUUCAUCCACCUCCCUUCGUCUAAACCACCUAAUUAAGAGAAAAUACGAGAAGGAAAAAGGAGCGCAGUUGAAAUAACUGAACGGUGAACAGGUUGAAGACACCGGUAUACCUGUAACUACUUCGCCUGGAGUGCUUUUCUUCAACUGGCUACCAAAAUAACACGGACAGCCGUUGUGCGGUUUCCGAUUUGCCGCACGCUUUUAUUUUUGUUCCAGAGGGCAAAAUAAAAUCGCAUCACAUUUUUGAAGAAUUGACAUUCUCAUUUCGCAAAGUAUUCCUACUCGUCGGGCGUACAGUUAAAAAAAUACCACCCAGUCAUCUAAAACGUGGAGAAGUUUGCGCUGUAAAGGAGAAACUGUAAAUCCUCGAUGCCCGGUAGAGCGCAAAUUGAGGCAGGAGUAAAUGGGCUCAACUCUGAUCUGCCCUUAAAUUUGCUAGCUACCCGGAGUGGAUUCAUAGCCGGAACCGGUUUAUUGAGGAGGCUCAAGGAAGAUAUACGCCUGGAAUAACUACAUCGUUCAAACCAAUUGCUACGGAUUUUAAUGGGAUUCAAUUUUGGAAAAAUAAAUCUCGUAUUGUUUAUACUGUUCAGUGACCUUUGACGCGUCCUCGGUCAUUUAUGCCUAGCUACCUCGCUAGAAUUAAAUUCGCUCCUCAGAUAUCCAGAACUCCUCCUUAUUCCAUAAGUGUAAAUACAACUACGCGCAGUAAUUCGUAGUAAUUCGUUCCUUUGACUUCUGAAAAAGGCUAUAGGUGAAUACCGGAAUACCGCUCGUUUGAGUAGAAAAAUGUUUUUCGGCAUGGUACUAAAACGGAAACGAUGUAAUAGCAUCGGGCUGUUUUACGCUGAAUGAAAUUAACUGCGCGUUUGACAGGACACGUUUUAAAGUGGAACAUAAAUGAAUGCGGGCUAAUCAUCUGUGUGUGCAAUGUGGUAUGAUAGAGGCUGUGAGUAUAUGCCGCGGUUUGGAAAUUUUAUCCUCCGGUUAAUCCCUGCUGCGAUGGAUGUUAUGGCUUUAACCAUAGCCGAUACGUAUAGUUGCUCAUAAAUUUUAAUAAGGAGAAAUAAAGAAGAAAGGACAACAAACGAAGAAGUUAAUUUACGAAAGGGUUUCACUUGGUGUCCUUUUUUUGGAAACAUUAACAAUGGGGAUUAAGCUUCAAGUUAUUCUAGGAAUGUUUCAGUUCGUCUUGGUUACCAGAAUGCCCACGUCUUAUGCCAAGCUGGCCCACUGGCAGCCUGCCGAAAGUCACAGAUCCAGGGAAGUGCUCAAGUGGCUGGAGGUGUACAGCCGGAGCCGGUGCCAGCCUCGGGAGACCCUGGUGGAGGUCUGGAGGGAGUUCCCUUGGGAGACGCAGCACCUCUUCCUGCCCUCCUGCGUAGUACUGCACCGCUGUGGUGGAUGCUGCUCUGACGAGACUCUGGAGUGUGUGCCCUUGCACACCUACACGCUCACCAUGGAGCUGAUGAAGACUACGUACACAAAGCAUGAACUGGUGCAGAUUCCAUUCACUGAGCACAGCCAGUGUGAGUGCAGACUAAAAAAAGACCUUCUCGCUGUCCCCACCAGACAGGAACAGAGCCCAACAAGGAAAGGGGGAAAGAGAGAAAGAGACAAAUCCAAGCUAAAGAAAAUCGGAGAGAUCAAACCAUCCCUCCCCCCUCCGACCACGAAGCCACAGUGUACGCCCUGUUCUGGGAGAAGACGGGUGCUGGACCGUAUGACCUGUCAGUGUCGCUGCAGCCAAACCUCGGACAGCUGCAGGCAACGAGGAAAGAGGCUCAACCAGCAGAACUGCAGAUGCGAGUCUCUGCGACGGUGAUGAGCUGAAAUUAUGUCUCCCCGCCAUAGUGGAAAUAAAGGAGUCCUGCCUACAAAAUAAUCAUGAGAUGUGAUGGAGAUGAAACAGCGAGAUCAGGGGAAACCCGAAAGGACCAUUAAAGUGGACGGAGUGCGCGCUUAAACAAACAAGUCACACCAACCGCUGUUGACUCCCAUAACCCAACCACCUUGAAGCCACCACAGCAAGUAGUCUUAAAUAAAUAUAUAUGUGUGUGUUAUCAAGUCUCAACAUAACGCUUUUCUAAAAACUGCUGCCAAACUGGAUCACGUUGCCAUGGCACCCCUUUCCCUUAAUGGUAUAAUUAGAAAUGCUUUACAGGCAAUGUUUGGAAAGGUCUGGGGGACAGAAUGGUGGACAUGUGGUUCGACAGAACACACGUUCAUAUUUCUUGAAAUCUUUCAUGUUAUGUCAUGGAUCUUCAUGCGAACGUGGACCUGGAGGUACUACCCAGAUCUGUUAGUAAGCACAUCGAUCCGUUUGGAGUACAGUAGGUGCCACGGGCUCCUCUAUAACCAAUGCUGCUCUUUAACAGGUCAGGACAGGUAGAAUAGCCCUCGUAGAUCACAGUCCUGAAACUGGAGUCCAUAUAAAGAAUCACUUGCCAAAUACCUUAAGUCACAUCAUCAGAAUUCGAAGCCAUUUUAGAGCAAUCCUACAUGGUAAUUUCCUGCUCUUGGUCAAACACAAAGGCAAGGUUGCUGAUGUCCUCUCCGAAUCUGAAGGAGUGAAUCGGAGCAAAAUGUGACCACUGAAUAACGGCAAUGAUGUGCUUGGUGAACAGGUAAAAAGUGGAGAGAAAUUAAAUGUGUGAGUUUGCACAGAGAAAGACUGAAGUUUGCAGAAUUUGACUGGCCUGCUGCCGAGGGAACACCCUACAAUACAUGGUUAAUAUCACACACUGAUACAAGGUGCAGGAAGACUGGCAUCUUGCGCCUGCAAACCAACUGACAAUCGUUUGUCAAAUUAUUAUUUCCAACAUGCCAAUGGUCUGAGGAAAUGGAUUUUUUAGUGGAAAUAAUCCAAGGAAAAGCGAUGUGGGGAGAACACAAAGCUUAAUAUGGUGAAAAGAGAGUUUUGAUGAAAAUUAAUAAUGUCCUCAAUAUUGUAUCACCAUACAAUGAAUAAAUCCACACGUAUGGGCACAUAUUGUUAAAAUGAUCAGGUUUCCUUUUUUUCUGAGGAAUCAAUUUUAUUAAAGUGACCAAAUUUAAAAUGACAUCUACAUGAUCCCCACAUGGCUGUCAUUAAUAACGCGUGUGUGUGUGUCUCUCUCUCUAUUCAGUGUGUGCAUCCAUCAGCCGGCCACAGACUUUGUCAGUGAAUCUUUAUUUUUCCUGUUGGGUUGUUGGUUUUGUUUUGUCUCAUUCCUUUUCUUUUACUGACUGAAAGGGCCUUUAACUUGGUCGGGCAGUGCUAGGAAUGCCAAUAGUGAAGAAUAUUGGCUUUCUUCCACAGGACCACACACAAGCAAACUUAAACACAUACUUGAGUUAUUUUUUUUAAGGAACCCAAUCCUAUAUUGUUCUUUUCGAUGUCAUUUUGUAAUUAACAUCAUUGCCUUUGUUUUUUUGGUUUCUCACACCCGAAUCCAUCUUGAAAUAUAGUAGAUAAUGUUAGGCACUUUAAAUGGCACACACACAUACACACAAAUAAACGCAAUGGUUAAAUACAGACUUGUAUCCCCAGAACUUGUCCAGCGAUUCUGAAACACUGUGAUGCAAAUAAAUUCUGAACAUGCAAACAUAUACACAGGUAACAAAAAGCUUUUUGUUGUUGUUAAAAUUGAGUCAGAAUGGAAAAUAUAUUUUAGAUACUGAUAUAUAUUCCUUGUCAGAUGUUUAGUUGUUUUUUAUGCCAUUAUGCCUAUGUUAAGAUAUAUAUUUGCGAUGCCUUCACUGUGUUCAUGUUGUAAAAAAAAAAAGCUGCCUUUUUUAAGAAAAAUGUAAUGUUUCUUUUGUGUUAUAUUAUUUUUGUUUGUUUGUUGUGUUCCUGCCUCUUAGAAGCACUCGGAUUGGCUGGUUAUUUCACAAAAUGGUGCCUGCAGAGUAUGUCUGUGUGUCUGUGCCGAAGACGAGGUGCGUGUGCAGAAAGAAAGAAAUAUAUUCCUAUGAAUUUUUAAA